AUGGUUGUCCUUUUUAUAGGCCUUGGGAGGUGUGCAAUUUGUUUAGAGUUUCGAUGUGGGACUCUGGACAUCGGUUGUGGGACUGCCACGCGUCAAAGGGGGCGAGGUUGCCCUAACGUUGCGAUCGGUGGGUUUGGUACUGAAGGUGGGUGCCGAAGGCACCCAUGGCCCUGGUUUAGCCCACGUGUUCGAUAUUCAUUGGCUGUUCAUUUUGGUAUAAACAGGAGUCCCCCAAGUCCCCUUGCGAGAGUUCUCGGAAGGGGAUUUGAAGUUGUCUUCGAAAGGAACCGUGGCCCUACCGUUCGGUAG